CCUGACUGGCGGCGACGUAAAGGCACCGUGCGACCAGCAAAACUAGACACGCCCUAGUCCGUCGCAACGACGACCAUGCAUAGCACAAAACACACGAAGCAUAAAGAAAUCUGGUGAGAUCGUACGCGUUGCCCCGAGCGCAUCAAUACAGCCAAACAAUCCACGUCUGAGAAACUCCAAAGGAUUAGCAUACUCAUCUGUAAUUGAAUUUAGUUCGUGAUUGUGAUUGUCAUCUUUCUUUAUUGUCAUCGGUACCAAGGUGGUGGAUUAAGGACGUGCCUUGAAUCCAUUUGAUUGACAUUGAAAGACUGAGGACUGACUUAAUGUCACAGCGUUAUAGAUGAUGUUUCUUUGGUGCUAUGUGUGACGGUCAAUCAACUGCGUGCGCCUUUAUUCUGCGUCCUGACUUAGCGUAGUUUAUUUGAUGACCUGGUCAAAUAUAGACUUUCCUCUCUAAGAAACCAAAAGGGGGACACUUAUAAUAGAGUAGUUUAUAGAGUAUAGACGCUGGGCGGCGGGGCGGCCUCGCUGGGCACGCUGGGCGGCACCGCGGGGCACGCUGGGCGGCAACGCUGGGCACGCUGGGCGGGCGCUUGGAUAGCGCUUAGCGAACUUGAGGGCCACACAUUGGGCACGCCGAGCCUGCGCGGCCGAUGGAUUUACCUGCGCCGCGGGGACGCGCUGCACCGCGUCCCGUGAGGACAAACAAAGGCGGCGCGCCGCCCUCAAGGUUUAGGGCAGCUCCGGCGCAGUGCUGCGCCAGUUUGCGCAGUAGCGGGCUGCGCGGCUCCUACUCUGUUCAGGCUUGCACUGCGUCGCGCUGCACUGCGCUGCUCGAUGCGUGCAAUGCUGCGCCGCUCCUGUGCACAACGGUGAACUCGCCAGCGUCGUUGGCCUUGGCCUACGCUAGACUAGCCUUGCUGUUGCUGGCGGGGUUCUCAAGCGGGCGCCUGAAGGGCGCCCCGCAAUUGGAGACGCCCAGCGUCACGCUGGGCGCAGAAUUCGGCAGAUCUGGCACAUUUGAGUCGCCCAGCGACCCAGUGUGCCCAGCGUGCCCAGCCCAGCCAUGUUGGGAACCCUUUUAUUUAACUGUUCUAAUUAUAACUGGCACUACUUUUACAACAGCCUACUAGUCGCUGACUGAGGACAAGAAAGGGAGGAACCUCGACCGAGGGCAAGUGCGUCUUCUUUCUCUCUCCGGUUUCCGCAUUAAUUCUGAUGCUCCGCCGUUGCCCCUGCAAGUCAAGCCAGAAACCUUCUUCAGAUUAUAAUCGACGGGUUCGGAGGAAAUUAUUGCGUCCUAAAGUAAGCUGCACUCCACCCGUCGCCUGCAGGCAAGUCGGUAUCUCUGGGAUCACCCUUCCGGCAGUCUUGGCAUAUAAAAGUAUCUUCUAGUGGAAUGAAGUCUGAAAUCUCACAAGCAAAGGCAAGGCGAGUGUGUAGCUACUUUUCCUUUAGCUCCUCGUCUUGGCAAUUCACAGUGAAUUACUUGCAUGAGGAGCUGCCCACGUAAUUAAUUACAUUGAGGAGCUUACUUGUUUGCGAAAACAUCCAGCUCAUCAGUCCAUUAGAGAAUUACGCAUACCCAUCAGCUUACGGUCUCUCCCUCACCUAUAUGUUGGCGCUUUUGUUGUCUCGUUU